AGUUUGGAGACACGAUCUAUAUCUAAGAUAACACCUAAAACCUGUGAUCUCCCUGCGUGGCUGACCCUAAUUGACACAUAAUUAUUUUUAUAUUAUUGAAACAUAAUAUAAAGUGUCAAAUUUACAACAUUAACUGAAACGAUAACGAUUUGUACGUCCAAAAAAAAAAAAAAAAAAAAGUGUACCGCGCAUGCGCAGUGACCAACAUGACGCACGUACGUUGCGUUUUACUGGUGCCAAAAAUAUUGCAGUAGAACAAUGAGGUUUAUGACAAGCCUGGACGAGAGAGAUUUUACAGAGGACAGUAUCAAGUUCAAGAUAUGAACAGUGAUUCAGAGGAAGACGUUCUGGUGGAUGACUGGAUGACAUCCAAACAAGAUCUGUUGGACACAUCAGAUGAAGAGCUGAAUGAUGACCUUUUGUGUAGCGAUGAUGAGAACGAAACUAUAAGAUGUCACAAUGAAAGCAUUUCUAAACCAAAACUGCAGGCGAUUGCAAAGCCUUACCUCGUUUGCAAAACUCCACACCUUGCUGAAGACCAAGGCAGAUGUCCUAAAGAAGAGGUGGAAGUGGACCCUGGUGAAGUUUUAGACAUCGAAAUCAAUGCCCCUUCUGGAGAUGAAUUUCACCAGGAAGUUGCUGACUACAGUGAUCAUCAGCAGGCCAAUGUAAAGAUGGAUGUUAAGGAUGACAUUAAGGUGGUGUCCAGUUUGCAGGAGUCAAGAGAGGGUGGAUCUGAGUUGCGAGAGGGUCUCUCUCCUCAACCCUUUGGGCCUCAUCUCACACACUCCUGUGGGGGACAGCCUGCCCCAGAGGAGACCCUCACUGGACCCUGCUGCAGUCCUGUGUUCCCAGGACAGCAUAUGUUUGAUCCACAACACUCUGCUUCAGUCUUGGACACUAAUCCGCCCCUUGCUGGACCUACUCCCAUGGGCUCCAUUCAGCCUCCAGGAAAUGAGAGUGACCCCUGCAGGCCCAGUCUAGCUUUGCAAGGGCCCACCGAUCUGUCAAGGCCUGGGACUCCCCACCGUGGGCAAAAGCCUUUUCAGAAACAUCCAUCAGCUCAGUCUGGCUGCUCCUUUACUGCUCCCUCUGGACCACAGGCACAGAAACCUGCUGUGCUGGUAAGAGCUGUUGCCAGGAUGGUGCAGAGUGCCAAGCCAAUGGCUGUUGCCAGGGGGAUGCCCAUUGCUGCAAGGCAGCCAAAAGGUGCCAAGUCUAAGAUAUCUGCCAAAACUCCACCAGCGCCAGGGAUGCUGGGAAGAAAUGUGGGUCAGAAGGUCAAGGUGCAGCCCCAAACUCCUCCAGCUACUCAAAAACAUCCCGCAAAGCCACUAAACAUGACAAACAACAAAGAGUGUGAGGAGGAGGAGUUCUACAUGGAGAGGCUGCAGGAGCAGAUGCGACUGAGGGAGCAGGUUAUCAAACAGAAGGAACGGAUGAGAUCUAGACGGGCUGUAAACAAGAAGCAUCUGCGGCAGGAGCACUUCCAAACUGAUAGUUCCACCGUACACUGGAACAAAAACCAAAAUCAACAGAAACAGCCGUGCAUCUUGGGUUCCUGCCCUCAAAAGGUUACGCACCUGCAGCCCUUCCAUAAUCCCCCUCACUGUCUUGUCUUGGAGCGCCAUCCAGAAUACCAGCCCUUGCCUUCACUGCAGCACCAGUAUCAGGUUUUAGUACCCCCACUUCAGCCUCCAUGGCAACAAGCUCCACGAGGGAAUCCAUCAGAGCUGCAGCAUAAUCAGUCUCAUCAGUGGGGCGCAGAAAGGGUGGUGUUCCAGGGAAUGGAGCAAGUCCGAGAUCAGAUGAACCAACAGUACAGUACUGAAGAGGCCCAUGCAGCAGGUCCGCAGGAAGUCUGGCGAGGACGCAAGAGGAUGUGUGAGCAGAGAACUUCUGACGGGCCUGUUCCCACCAAAAUUAGAGUGGUAAAACACAUCAGCCCAGUUAGUGCGAGUUGUGAUCUCACACCACAGACGAGUGAAGAGACUAUUGCAGCGACUGAAACGAAGCCCAGAAUUGUCACCUUCAGAAUGCCUGAUUCAUCUCCUCCUUCAUUUCAGCAACACAGUCUCAAGUCAAACUGUCCCAAACAGGGAAGGGGAUCUGGUCCAAACCAGCCCCAGGAUGAGGUUGUUGUUCAGGGGCGAGGUAGAGUCGGAGAGGGCCAGAUGGGCAGUGCCCACUUGGUGCCAGGCAAACAGACGAGCAGUAGAGCGGGAAGAGGGGGGAGAGGAUGGGCAAGACUGCAGACCUGGUGUCAGUUGAAGGGCUUUCUUCAUCAACCGCUGGGGUCCAUCUGAAAAACCUGCUGAUGUCAGUAAGACCCAUUCAGGUAGGUCAAAUCCCCGCUUCCCUCCCAACUCCACCACUCACUGUCAUGCCCGUCUACUCACCCUGGAAAGCUGAUACGAUCAGUGCAAUUUACUGU